AUGAAAUACUUUGCAAUUUUUUUUAUAAUUUUUUUUUUUUCGACUGUAUUAACUAUAUUAUAUAAGAGAUCAUUAAAAAUACAAAGAAAAUUUGUUAAAAAUAAUUGCAUUAUUUACUUAUGCUUAACUAUUAAAUAUUUUACAAUUAAAGAAAUAGUUAUAGAUAUAGAAUAUAAAAAGAAAAUAUUAAUAAACUUGAAAGAUGUAAAAAUAAAAUUUUCAAAAUGGUGUUUUCAAUUAAAAAUUUUUAAAUUAUUUGUAAAUUGCUCAUAUGAUGAAACAAAAAAAACAAUUUUGAAGGAAAAAGAUACAAGUUGCAAUUACCUUCUAAAUUUUUUUUUAUUUUUAUUAAAUGUAAUAGAAAUAUAUAUUGAAGAGUUUGAUUUUUCUAUUAAGAAAAUUGUUCCUAUAAACGAUGAAAAAAUUUGUCAAAGAGAAAUAAAUGAAAUUUCAUUUAAGUCUACUAAAGAUUAUAAUAAUAAAAAGAAUUUCAAUCAUAUAUCAGAUGUAAGGAGCACAAAAUAUUCUGAUAUGUUUUUUACUUUUUUAUUCCAGAUAAAAUUAAGCAAUGUAUUCGUAAAUUUUCGUAGAAAAAAUUUCUCAUUAUUAUUAGAUUUAAGUAAAUUUUCAUUUUUUUGUAAUAAUUGCAUAGUUCUUGAUAUUUCAUCCAGCAAUUUGUAUAUAUUUUAUAAUUAUUUUAUGAAAACUAUAAAUGUUAAAAUUCAUUUUAUUCUCAAAACAUAUGUUUAUUUAAAUAAAUUAUUUGAAUUAUGUUUUUUAUUAACAAAAAGCAAAUUUUAUUUAAAAAAAAGUAAAUCAAAUAAGUUGAUAUGUGUUAAUUUCAAAGAGUUAUUUCAUAAUAUAAACAUAUAUGUUCAAAUAUGGAAAAUUUAUAUAAAAGAAGAGAAACUAAGGUAUUUUUUGUGCUUUUUCUUAGAAGAAAUAUCAAUAGAAAAAAAUAAAGUAUCAUCAUUAGCUUUUACAAAAAUAAAAAAUUCAUAUUUACUAUCAAUAGAAAAUAAAGAAUAUUUUAUUUCAAAUAUAUGUGAUGCUCUUAUUUUCCUAAAAAUAAAAAGUUUUGAUGAGAAAAAAAAAAGUAGAGAAAUUAAUUAUAAAAAAAAUAACAUACAUUCAUAUCAAAAAGAAAACAACAGUAGCAUAGUUAUUAGGAGAAAUAGAUUUAGAAAUAUAAAAGAUAAAUUAAAAGGUAAUUCUAAUAAUAAAAAUAUUAAAAGACAUAAUGAUUACCUAAUUUAUGACGAUUUAAGGAACAUCAAAUUGGAGAAUAAAAAAAAGGGUUUAAUCGAUGAAAGAAAGAAAUUAACUAAUAAAAAAAAUAAAAAAAUUGAAAAUGAUGAAGAUAAUAUGAAAAAAUUAAGAUUUAAAUUAUAUAUUAAUUUUGAUAAAGUAUAUUUAAAUGUGUAUUCCAUAUAUCCUUUAAUUUUUUUAAAAUAUAUGAAAAAGUUAGUUGAUAUUUUUAAUGUAAAAAAAAAUAAAAAAGAGAAUUUUUAUUUAUAUUUAUUAGAUAAUAUUCAUUUAAAAGAUAACCCUUUUGGAGAAAUAGAGAAUUUUAAUAAAAUAAUAUAUUCAUGUAAUUAUAAUAUCAAUAGUUAUUAUAAAAGAAAAAUAUUUAAAAUGGAUUUAAAUGAUAAUAAAGAAAUUGAAGAAUAUGAAAAUAUAAGAAAUCUAAUAAGGAAAAGAAAGCUUAUAUGUAGGUUAUUUAUAAGCAAAAUUUUUUGUAAAUUUUAUUACAAAGAAAAUAAUGAUAUAAAAUUUUAUAAUUUUUUAAAUAAAAAAUAUGUAAAAUCUUUUGAAUUAGUUUCAAGUUCUUUAAAUAUCUAUUCAAAAAAAAAUCUUCUCCUUUUUUUUUUGCAAAAUAUUAAAGUAUUAUAUUUUAGUCAAAGACCAUUUAUUCACGUUAAUCAUUUAAAAAUAACAAAAUUAUUUAAAGAUUUUUUUUUUGAAAUUGAUAAUAUGUUUUUUUACUUUUCUCCAACUGCAUUAUUAACUAUUAGAGUAGUUAAAUAUAUAUUAGAAUUUCUAGAUUACAUUAACAAUUCUAAUCUGCUUCAAAGAUAUUUUGGCAAAAAUAAACAUAAUGAAAGAAAUUUUUUUUUGACUUUUUCUGCCAUAAAGGCAGAAACGAAUAAAUUGAAAGUUUUUUCAAAUAAUAUCAAAAUAAUAAUAUUAAAAAAAUACAUGAAUUUUGUUCUAAAGAAUAAUAUAAUUUUUAGUAAAAAUUUAAAAAUAUCAUGUUAUUAUAUAGAUAUUUCAGAUAUUAAAAAAGACAGUAAUUAUAUUUUUAUAUUAUUACAAAAUUUAAGUUGCUAUUUAUGUUUUGAUAAGUACUUUGUAGAAUUUUUUGUUGAUAUAGAUAAAAUAAUAAACUUCUUUAAAUUUAUAAUACAUAAAUGUAAAAUAAAAUUUCAUAAAGACAAUGAGUUAUCUUCUAAAUGUAACAAAAAAGAUUUUCACAGAACAAGCAGAAAUAAAAGAUUUAAUUUAAAAUUUUCAAAUAUUGAAGUUGUAGAAAUAAUAAAAGCUCUUAAAAAAAAAAACGAAAAAAAAAAAUAUAUAAGUGAUGUUAAUAUAUAUAAAAAUAAAAUUUAUAAAAAUUACAAAAUAGUAAGUGAUGAAGAAAUUAUAAAUGAGCACUUAAAAUUUUCCAUUUUAAAACAUUGCAUAUAUUGUAACAGUAUGAAAACAGAAAUUAAGAAACAUGAAAAAAAUUGUGAAAAUAAUGAUAAUUAUAAAAGUAAGUAUGAAUUAAAUUACUUAUUAUUAUAUAAGAAAAUAUACUUAGAUAAAAAUGAAUACACUUCAUUAUGUAGAAAAAAAAAUAAUUUGAAUAGCACAUCGUCAUUAUUUGAAACAAAUAAUUUUUUAAAAUAUAAGAAAAAAUAUAAAGAUAAGCAUAAUAUUUUUACAAAAAAUACAUUUACAUUUAGUGAAUGUGAUUUAUUAACAUAUAGAAAAGAAAAGAAAAUUUACCAGAAAAAAAAAGAUUCCAAAAAUUAUGUAGACUAUUUAGAAUUAGAAGAUAAUAAGAUAAAAAGUGAUACAAAAUAUAAUUAUAGAAAUAAAACAAUUAAUAAAAAUAUACCUAUUAAAAAUUAUCAGAUAAAAAAUAAAUAUUUAAAUAAUUUAUCUUUACAGUAUAAAUAUGGAAAUAAUAAUUGUUACUUUAACGAAACAAGAAUAAUUAAUAAAAUAUAUUACAUGAAUAAUAACUUAAUUCAUACAGAAUGUAUGAACAAUAUAAGUACAAUAUAUAACAGUAACAAAGAAAAUCAUAGUUUCUUAAAGAAAAUAACAAAAACAAUGUAUUUAAAUAAAAAAAAUAAAAAGAAAAAAAAAAUCGCAUUUAUAAAGUUAUUAUUAGUAUUAGAGAGAAUAGAAAUAUCCCAUGAAAAAGAUUUAAAUAUUAUAAUAAGAAAUUACUUUUUUUUUUUUUUUAAAAAGUUUAUAGAAUUUAAAUUAACCAACUUAUUAUUUUUAUUUGAAUAUAUAAAAAGAAAAAAUGAUUAUUCUUUUUUUCUUCUAAAUUAUUUGAUAAUACACUUUUACAAAUAUAUUAUAUUCUGUUUAUUUAAUGAAAGUUUAAAUGUUAUUAUAAAAAAAAAAAUGCAGAAAAAAAUUUCAAAUAUUAAAUUAUCUUUAAAUAAAACGAAGAUUAUUCUAACUAAUCAAGACAAUCAAAAUGUUGCUCGAUAUAUAUAUGACAAAUUACAAUAUUAUAAGAAAUAUGGGAAUAAAAUAAUUAAAACAAACAAUAAUAUGAUAAGUGAACACAAAAAAAUUCUUCAUAGCAUAUUUUAUGUUUUAUGUAAAAAUUUUAAAAUUCGAAUUGAAAACACUUUUUUAGAAACUCAUUUUUUUUUCGAAUAUAUAUGUGCCUUUACGUUAUCUUAUAAAAGUUUUUUUAUUUCUUUACAUAAGAAAAAAGAUAUAUCUGUUAAUUCAUUAAUUCAUCAUUUUUUAUUGUCUUAUGGAUUUUUUACGAAUAUGAAUGACAAUUUAAAUUUAGACCUAAUAUAUAAAGAAAAUAUGUAUAUUUUUAAAAAGAUUUUUAAAAAAUUAAAAAUUAAAGAUAAUAUUAAUAGUAUAAUUCAAUGUAAAAAAAACAAAUUAAAUGAAUUACUAUAUAUAAAUUUAAUAAAUAUUAAAAUUAUUACGCUAUUGAAAUCCUUUAUAAAUGUAGAAGUUGAUAAUUUAAAUAAUAAUUCACAUAAAAAUUCUAAAUAUAUUAUUUUUUAUAAAAAUGAGUAUAAUAAAAAAAUAGAAAGAAAAAUAAGUGGAGAGCAGAAAGAAGAAGAGGUGGGAAAAGAAAAGGAAAUAAAAUAUAACGAAAGAACAAUAUUUAUAAAUGCAUAUGUAGUAGGUAGUGCAAAAAAUGAAUCCUUAAUUAAUUGCAAUAUUUUACCUUAUCAAAUUUUGUUUUUUUUUAAUUUAAUUAAAAAUUUGAAUUCCUUCCUUAAUGAACUAUAUUUUAAAUUAGAAAAUUUACUUUAUAAUACCAAUUAUAAUGAAAGAGACAAUAUUUUAAAUAAAAACUUUGAUAAUAUAAUAAUUAAAAAAAAUGAGCUAAAAAUUAAAAAUAAUAAUAAGUUAAAUAUUAAAUUUAAGUUAAAUAUAACAAAUCUUCAUUUAAAAUUUUAUAUUCUUAGAUUAUAUUUGAAAAAUAUUUUAGUAAACAAUUAUGAAAUAAAUAAAAUUAAUGAAGAAAAAAGAAGUAAUAGUUAUGAUCAUAUAAUUUAUUUUAUGUUUUUUGAAAAUUUCCUACUAUCUUUUGAACACGUUAUAACUAAUAUUAAUAAAAUAAAAGAAAAUUUUAUUUUUGCAAACGACAUUAGGAAUUUUCUACCUUCAAUUUUUUUGAAUAUAUAUAAACAUAUUUUACCAGAAUAUUGCAUGGUUGAAGAAAAUGUUUUUAAAAUUUUGCAUAUAUAUAAUAUAGACAUUUUAAUAAAAAAGGAAAAAAAAAAAUUUUUCUCAUUUAAUAAUGUAAAAAUGUAUAUUAAUGACAAAAUAAUAGAAAUAUUAAAAAUUUUUUUUAGUAAAAUUAAUAAUACUUUUAUUUUUAAUGAACAUAAUUUAAAGUAUGUUAGACAUAACUACACCCACAGUAAUAUAGUAAAACAGUCUGUAUUUUAUAUAAACAAUUUUGAAAUAAAUAUUUAUAAAAUAGUUGAAAUUAAAAAUAGAAAAAAGAAAAGCUUUAAUAAAAAAAAAAAAAAAAAAUUCUUUCUGGAAGACAUUUUUAUAAAUGAAAAAAAUGAGAAAAAAAAAAUAGAGGAAAUUAAUUAUAUACGUAUAGGUAAUAAUGAGGAAAACAAAAAUAAAAUUUCUAACUAUAUAUUUGAAAAAAAAAUGCAGUUUUUAAAAAAGAAGAUUAAAAAAAAAAAAGAAAAAAUAGAAUCUGUUGAAAAUAAUGAAAAACCUUUAUCCAAUGGAAAAAAUAAUAUUUUCUUAUAUAUGAAAAUUCUAAAGAAUUUAAAAAGUGAAACCUGUAAUCCGUUUUAUUGCUAUAAUAAAUUUUUUUAUCAUCCAUUUUAUUUUUUGUUUUAUCAAAGAGCAUAUAAUUGUUCAUACGCAGAAAAGUAUUAUAACGCUUGUAAAAAUAUAUCACUAACUUUCGAUAGUUGUGAAGAUCAACUUUUACUUUUUUUUUAUAAAAUUAUUAUUAAAAAUAAUAAUGAUAUAGGAGAAAAAAAAAUUUCUAUAUUUUUUAAAAAUAUCUCAUCGUAUUAUAUAAGUUCAAUUCAUAUAUUUAAUAUAAAUAAAUAUAAUAAAGAAGAAAAAAGCGUUACAAGGGAUAAAUUUUCCUUCAUAAUAAGAAGAAAUAAAAAUAGUUUGAGAGAAAGUGAAUAUAGUAACGAAUUACUACUUCAAAAUUUGUAUGAAAAACAAAAACAUAAACAAAAAAAAGAAAAAAAGAAAAAAAAAAACAAAAAAAAAAGGAAACAUAAAAAUUCGGAAGAUAGUACAGGUAAAAAAAUAAAACAAUUUUACGGUAAAAAUUUUGAAGAAGAUUUUAAUAAAAGUUCAUAUUCAAAAUUAGACGAGAAAAAAUACUAUAGCAAUGAAUAUUAUUAUAAAAAUAAUGAAUGUGAGAUAGUAGAAAGUAAUGAAAUUCAUAAUGAGUUUGUAAAUAGCAAUAAUAGAUCUCGUUUAGGCAUAAACAAAUCAUUCGAUGAAAUAAACGAAAUAAAAAAAAAAAUGAAAUUGUUUUUUUGUUUGCCUAAUAAAUAUGAUAUAUUAUCUCCCUUUUUAUACACAAAAGGGUUUAACAUUGUUAUAAAAAAUGAUAAUAAAUGUUUGUCCAAUUUAAAUAAAAAUAUAACAAAUAUAUUUUUAUACUUUGAUUUUACAAUUAUAUUAUUUAAUAAAAAGGUGUUAGAUUAUUUCUAUUAUUUAAGUAAAAAAAUCAUACAUUUCUCCUUAAAAAAAAGUGAACAAAUAGAAAAAACUAAUUGCAAAAAUGUUAAUAAAAAUGUUACAUUAUCUUCAGUACAUAAUUAUAUUUACUCUAUUUUUGUUCAAAAUAAUUUUAAUAGUAACAUAAAUAUUAAUGAAUUUAAGAAUUUUUAUUAUUUUCACUUUGUAAUGGAUAAAAUUAUUAUUGAAUUUAUAAAAAGAGAUUACACAAAUUAUAUUAUAUCUUUAUAUCACAUGUAUUUUUUAUUAAAAAAAAAAAGUAAGUAUAUCCUUGAAUUAAAUAUAAAUGAUUUCUCACUAGAAAAAAUUAAAAAUUUGAAACAUUCAUUAAUAAUCUCUAGUGACAAAAAUGAUGAUAGUAUAAUACCUAAUUGGAUUUUAAGUUUUUAUGAAAAAUUAGAUAUCAAAAAAACUUCUAACUUCUCAUUUAAUCAAGAAAAUGAUAUGAAUUUGUGUAAAAAUUUUCUAUCAUUAAAAUUAAAAUUUUUUAAAAUUUUUUUUUCUCAAAAUUGGAAUAUUAUUGAAAAACUAAAUUUGAGCAUAUGUAACAUAAAUUUGAAUAUAGACAAAUGUACUAUGAACGAUCUUUGUCUUUUAAAACGUUUUAUAUUAAGGAAGCAAAAAGAAAAAAAAAAAAGGAAAAAAAAAAAAAAGAAAUUUUCUAAAUAUUUUUAUAUACAUUUUUUAGAAAUUUCUUCUAUACUAGUAAAAGCAACUAUAUAUGGACUACAUGAAAUGAAUUUUAAGUUAAAUAUAAAUCAAUUCAAAGAAGAAAAAAAAUUAACAUAUUUAAAGAAGCUAUUGAAGAAAUACAAAAAACAUGUUUUGAAAUAUGUAGGAAGUGUUUUAAUUACAAGGAAAUUUUUAGAUUUAAUUAAAAAAGCAAAAACAAAUUCUCAGAAAUUAAAAAACAAUAUUAAGGAAAAAUAA